GGCUGUGGCCAACACAAAGCAUAGUCUGUGAACAAUCAAUCAUCACGUGAUGGAUUUUGGUUGUCAUUUUUGUGUCCUCAACUAUAUAUAUAUAUACACCCUAGCUCGCUGUCUCCUUCAUGCAGCUCUGAUCAGUGAUCACCAUUCAUAAUAACAGUAGUUACAUUACUACGUGAUCCAUCCUUUCUAGAAUCAAUGGCUGGCAAACCAGCAGCUCACUACGAAUUCGAGCUCGACCUAUCCCGACCGCUCUCCAGCCGCGACUGGAAAUCUGCUUACAUCAGUUUCAUUGAUGACAUCCGCGAGAAACUGGGAGCAAGGUCGGUGCAUUCCAUUCCCAUCCUCCCCGCCGAACAAGACGAACCCACGCAAUGGCUCGACGUCGUCCUGCGAACAACACAGAAUCACGCUGUCAGGCUCAGGACCCGAGUCAACAAUCUCUACAAGACCGGCUACCGCCCGGAGAACCACCACCAAUGGUUUGAGCUCUCCGACGCCGCCGGAAAGCCUCAGAACCUGAUCGACGGGUCCACAAACCUAGGCUUCAGCGGCGGCCACGACCACUUGCUGAGCUCCAACGGCGGCAAUUGGAGCUGGAAACAGGUGAAUGUGGGUCUGACUCCCCUGCGGGAGGCCGUAGAUAAUCUCAGUAGGACCGCAGACCGUCGGGAGAGAGCACGAUCGCUGCUCGUCGCGAGUUUGAUGAUCAACGAAGCAAUUAAGUUCAAUGAUGUUAGAGAUUUCUUUGCUGGGCUUUACUCCGAGAGCAGUGUGUUCCCUUCCGAGUACGUCAAUCUAGUGCGCGGCUGGGGAAACAUCUCCGCUCGAUUGCGGAAUAGUCAUGACAGUGAUGAUCUCGCGAGGGAACUGAACAUUUCGGAAAACAAUUUGGGAAUCCGAACGCUGCUGGAUGCAACUGGUACUGUUGGCGUCAUCAAGGAUUGCCACGCCAGGCUUGUUAAGAAACGUAUGCUUGUGAAUCCCAAAGGGUACAGGGGUGUUCCGCAAGGACAACCACUGGUGGAGGUAUUAUCUGUGAGCAUCAACAAUAGUACCACUACCAGCGGCGAAAGCUCCCUCUACGGCACGAUCAAGGUCACCGACGGGCUGUUUUCCCAGUACAUUUACGAUCGAAGUAGGGACAAUUCCGAACGCAUUUAUGCAGGUGAUACUAUCCUGUUGACCGGCCCAACUCGAUCCAUCUCAGCCCUAGAUAGCUUCACUAUCGAUGUGGAUCUCACAGACAAAAAUAGUGUUUCUAGUGAUAAAUUUAGCUAUGGGCAAGUGUCAUGGAAUGUUUACUUGACGGCCGCAAAUGAGUAUGACAAGCCGUUGUUGAUGGAUAUUGGAGACAAGAGUGGCUCGGUGACAGUCAACUAUAUAGUUUUGAGUAAUGCGGUGCAAGCUACUGUAGAGGUUACGCUCAUAAAUACUGGAGAUGAGAAAGAUUUUGCGGAAGUUUAUGGAUUAAUUACUGCUCGUAGUAGCAAAUUUAGCAAUGAAAGCAUGCUCUUUUGGAAGACAAAGAAUGAUGAUGAUAUAAAAGUGAGCGCUAACCAGCUCCUUCCUUUAAUGAGAUCUGCAAUAGCUGUGUCAUUGGACUCCUCCCUCGUAAUUAGGGCUGAAUUAUUUGAUCGUGACACAAGGACUAAUUCAAGUAAAGAAAUUGCCAAUGGCACUCUAACGUUCGCUCCCUAUCUCUCCGGCACAUAUACGGAAAGUAUUUCCGGAAAGUGCGGUGAAAUUCAAGUGAAAGUUACUUGGAAAGAUAUUUAGUUUAGUAAAAAGCUAUCUAUGUUUACGUGCAGGGCCUUAAUGAGCCCUUUAAAUAAAUUUGAUAGUUUUGGGGGGGUUUGUUUUAGAUCUCUUUCUUUGUGGGUCUUUUCUCAGUGCAUGUCAUAAACAAUCUACCCUGUAAUUUAGGCCUUAGCUAAUUAAUCUCUGAGGCCUUUCAAUAAAUCAUCCAAUUUUUAAAGGAGUCA